AUGUCCCAGCUUUCCUCUGUGAAAUGUUGGAGGGUCAACAACAAUGGUGUCGUUUCUUUUAAUGUGGUUGUCAGCCAGUUCACACCCGAGUCCUUCCCCUUGGAUGAUGGGCGAGCAUUCAUUGCCCCCUUUUGGGCCGACGUCCACAAUGGCAUCCGAGGCGAAAUCUAUUACCGAGAGAGCACCGAUCCUGCCCUCCUCAAGAAGGUCUCCAAAGAUAUCCGCAAGUAUUUCAAGAAUCUGCCUUCAUUCAGCGCUGUGUCACUUUUCAUCGCUACGUGGGAAGAAGUCACUUUUUAUGGUGGCAGCAGCACAACCCCGGUGAACACUUUCCAGGCUCUCCUCAUCUCUGAUGGAACGUCCUCCUUUGCUAUGUUCAACUAUGAAGACAUCACCUGGACUACUGGGACGGCAAGUGGAGGAGAUCCCCUGACUGGUCUUGGUGGUGUGAUGGCUCAGGCAGGCUUCAAUGGCGGAAACAGCACCAACUAUUUUAGCAUUCCUGGAUCCAGAACCCCCGACAUAGUCAACAUUGAAGACACAACCAAUGUCAAUGUGCCAGGCCGCUGGGUAUUCAAAAUCGAUGGGCACGAAAUUGACCCAGCCAACGGAUGCAGCUUUAGAGGCCAGUUUCUCCGUCAAGGAGAGAUAUUCUGGGAAAACGCGAAUUGCUCCACCAAAUGCCGUUGCCUGGAUUUCAACAAUGAGAUCUUUUGCCAGGAAGUAUCCUGUGGCCCCUAUGAAAUCUGUGAGCCAAAGGACAAGUUCCACCAGUGUGUCCCAGUGGAAAGCAGCACUUGCGUGGUGUUUGGAGACCCACAUUACCACACUUUCGAUGGCUUCCUCUUCCACUUCCAGGGUUCCUGCUCCUACCUUUUAGCCAGGCAGUGUUGGCCAGGAUCAAACCUACCUUUCUUUAGUGUGGAAGCCAAGAAUGAGAAUCGAGGUGGUUCUCCAGUCUCCUGGCUGAAGGACAUCUCUGUGGAGGUUUAUUCACACAAGAUAAUCAUCCCCAAAGGCAGCUUUGGAAAAAUUAUGAUAGAUGACUUGGUCAUGUCUCUCCCUGUCCUGCUGGAACUGGGGGCAAUAAAAAUCUAUCAGAGUGGUUUGUCGACAGCUGUGGAAACCGACUUUGGCCUUUUGGUGACUUACGAUGGAGACCACUAUGCGGCCAUUUCAGUCCCAGGCUCCUACAUCAAUGGUACUUGCGGACUCUGCGGGAACUAUAACAAGAACCCGGAGGAUGAUGCCUUGCGCUCAGAUGGGAAAAUGGCCAUCUCUGUGCUGGACCUGGGAGAGAGCUGGCGUGUCUACCACCCUGAAUGGAAGUGUUCCCCUGGAUGUUUGGACAACUGUAGCCUCUGCGAUGGGGCCAUGGAGUCUCUUUACUUUGGUCCUGACCACUGUGGCUUCAUCAAUAAAACUGGGGGACCUCUGUGGGAAUGUGGCGCCAUCGUCGACCCCACAGCAUUUGUCCACAGCUGUGUCUAUGACCUGUGCAGCAUCCGAGACAAUGGCACAGGAGGACUCUGCCAAGCCAUCCAAGCGUAUGCCUUGGUUUGCCAGGCCUUGGGGAUUCCCAUUGGGGAGUGGCGAGUGCAGGCGGGAUGCGCAACCGCCGUGCAAUGUCCGGAGUUCAGCCACUACUCUGUCUGCACUAACAGCUGCCCAGCAUCUUGCUCCGACCUCACAGCUCCCUUGGCCUGCACCUCGCCCUGUACUGAGGGCUGCGAGUGCAAUGAAGGUUAUGUUCUCAGCAUGGAUCUCUGUGUCCCAGUCCACCAGUGUGGCUGCGAUGUGGACGGCCGAUACCAUGCCAUUGGGGAAUCAUUUUGGGCUUCUGUGGACUGCACGGUGCAGUGCUUUUGCGAGGACGGGGGCGAUGUCACUUGCUUCAACUCCACUUGCCAAGAAGGAGAGGUUUGCACAGUGGAGAAUGGCUACCAAGGCUGCUACCCUAAGAGGGAGACUUUGUGCUUAGUAUCUCAGGACCAUGUGCUGCAGACCUUUGAUGGUGCCACCUUUGCCUAUCCUCCAGACAACUCUUACACACUGAUCAAAACCUGUCCAGACAGACCCAACUAUCUGGAAGUGGACAUCAGCAAGAAGAAGCCAGAAAUCAGUCCUGAAUGGCUUCGGACCUUGAGGAUCCAAGUUGCCAGCCAGGAGGUCAAGAUAGGGGGCGUAGACAACUCAGAAACCAAGGUAAAUGGGUAUGAAACGGAGCUACCAUAUUUCCACCCUUCAGGCCAACUGGAAAUCUACCGGGGCAAAAACGGAACCAUUGUCGAGUCAGAAGGACUCAUACAGAUCCAGUACUCAGACUCUGGCAUGUUGGAGAUACGCCUUUCCACUACAUACUUCAACUGCACCGGAGGUCUCUGUGGCUAUUUCAAUGGGAACAGUAGUGACGAAUUUUGCUUCCCAAAUGGGAAAUGCACAGACAGCCUGGUGGUUUUCCUGGACAGCUGGACCACCUUCAAUGAGAUUUGCAACGGAGAGUGUGACGACCUGCUCAAGGCCUGCAACAAUGACUCAGAGCUCCUCAAGUACUACCGAAGCCGCUCAAAAUGUGGUGUCAUCAAUGACCCCACCAACAGCUCUUUCCUGGAAUGCCACUCGGUGGUCAACGUGUCUGCCUACUACCGGACUUGUCUCUUUCGCUUGUGCCAGAGCGGAGGCAAUGAGUCGGAGCUCUGUGACUCAGUGGCCCGCUAUGCUAGUGCCUGCAAGAAUGCAGAGGUGGAUAUUGGCCAGUGGAGAAGCUUCAAUUUCUGCCCUCUCACCUGUCCCGAUAACAGCCAUUUUGAGGAGUGUAUGAUCUGCUCUGAGUCCUGCGAAAACCUGGGUACGGGACCAGUGUGCCUGGACAGCUGCGUGGAGGGCUGCCAAUGUGAUGAAGGCUUUGCCUUUCGGGGCACCCGGUGCAUUCCCAAGAGUGAAUGCGGCUGCAGCUUUGAGGGACAUCAGCUCUCCACCAACCAGUCCUUCUGGAUGGAUAUUGACUGCCAGUACUUCUGCUACUGCAAUGGAUCUGACAACAGCGUCCGCUGUGAUAAUGUCCCCUGCAAGGAGGAUGAGUACUGUCUGGAGGAGAGUGGCCUCUAUUACUGCCAACCCCGGAUAGAUGCAUCAUGCAUUGUCUCUGGCUACGGCCAUUACUUGACCUUUGAUGGUUUUGCAUUCGAUUUCCAAAGCAGCUGCCCCUUGGUCCUUUGCACCACCAUUGGCCAGCUGAGGUCUGAGAGAUUGGACACAUUUCCAGAGUUCACAGUCAUGGCCAAGAGUGAGGAUCGAGACCCUUCCUUGGCCUUGUGGGUGAAGCAGGUGGAGGUGGAAGUCUUCAGUUACAAUAUCGUCAUCCACCGAGCCUACAAACACACGGUGCUAAUCAACAAUGAACGGCUUUACCUGCCUUUGAAGCUGGGUCAAGGGAAAGUGAACAUCUUCACCUUUGGUUUCCACAUUGUCGUCGAGACUGACUUUGGGCUGAAGGUUGUGUAUGACUGGCGGACUUUCCUUUCUGUCACGGUUCCACGAAGCCUCCAGAACAACACAUAUGGCCUCUGUGGGAGAUAUAAUGGCAUCCCUGAGGAUGAUCUCCAGACUUCUGGUGGCCUUGUUGUCUCCAGCAUUAAUGAGUUUGGCCAUAGCUGGGCCAAGCGGGACCCCUUCUGCCAGGUGGGCUGUGGAGACAGGUGCCCAGCCUGUCGUAAGGUAGAAGGUUUCUGGAAGCCUCAGCAACUGUGCAGCUUGAUUCCUAGCAAGAGCGGGGUCUUCUCCAGGUGCCACAGCAAAGUCAACCCCACCUUUUUCUAUAAGAACUGCUUGUUUGACACCUGCAUCGAUGGCGGAGCUGUGCAGACAGCUUGCAGCUGGCUGCAGAAUUAUGCCAGUACCUGCCAGACCCAAGGGAUUGCCAUCACUGGCUGGAGAAACUUCACGUCAUGCUUGGUCAGCUGCCCUCCUAACAGCCACUAUGAGAGCUGCGUGAGUGUCUGCCAGCCACGCUGUGCUGCCAUCCGGUUGAAAAGUGACUGUAACCAUUACUGUGUGGAAGGAUGCCAGUGCGAUCCGGGCUACGUCCUCAAUGGCAAGAGCUGCAUUCUUCCUCAUAACUGUGGCUGCUACGCCGAUGGGAAAUAUUACGAGCCCAAGCAGCUCUUCUGGAACAGCGACUGCACCCGCCGCUGCCGCUGUUUUCGCCGCAAUCUUAUCCAGUGUGAUCCGCGGCAGUGUAAGUCGGAUGAGGAGUGCGCCCUCCGGAAUGGGGUCCGUGGCUGCUUCAGCAUGAAGAGUUCCUAUUGCAUUGCAGCAGGCGGAGGAGUAUUCCGCACGUUUGAUGGUGCCUUCCUCCGCUUCCCAGCCAACUGUGCCUUUGUCCUCUCCACCAUUUGCCAGAAACUCCCUGACGUCUCCUUCCAGCUCAUCAUAAAUUUCGAUAAGUGGUCUUCUCCCAAUCUGACUGUCAUCUCGCCUGUUUAUUUUUAUAUUAAUGAGGAGCAGAUUCUUAUCAGUGAUCGUUAUACUGUCAAGGUGAAUGGGACGCAAGUCAAUGUCCCCUUUGUGACUGGUUUGUCCACCAAAAUCUACAGCAUGGAGGGAUUCCUGGUCAUUGACACAAGCCCAGAUAUCCAGAUCCACUACAACGGCUUCAAUGUUAUCAAAAUCACCAUCAGUGAACGCCUGCAAAACAAAGUCUGCGGCCUAUGUGGGAAUUUCAAUGGGGACCGCACAGAUGAUUACUUCACCCUGCGAGGGAAGCCAGUUGUAAGCAGCGUGUUCCUGGCACAGAGCUGGAAGACAAAUGGCAUGCAGAAAAGCUGCAAUGAGCUCCAGUAUGCCCAGUAUGCUGCCACCUGUGACAAUGUGCAGGUCCAGUUGCUUCAGAGUGACAGCUACUGCCUCAAACUGACCGACAUGAAAGGUUUCUUCCAGCCUUGCUACGGGCUUCUGGACCCACUGCCCUUCUACGACUCAUGCUUCCUCGAUGGCUGCUACAACCAGAAGAAGUACCAGCUCUGCGGCUCUUUGGCAGCUUAUGGAGAAGCCUGCCGUUCCUUUGGCAUCCUCAGCACUGAAUGGAUCGAGAAGGAAAAUUGCUCAGGAGUGGUGGAAGAUCCCUGCAUUGGAGCAGAUUGUCCCAACAGAACAUGUGAGGUGGAUAAUGGAGGAGAGCUCUGUGGUUGCAUUGAACCUCCUCCCUACGGAAACAACACACAUGAUAUCCUGGAUGCUGAGGUGACCUGCAAAGCUGCCCAGAUGGAGGUGUCUAUCUCAAAGUGCAAGCUGUUUCAGCUGGGCUUUGAAAGGGAAGGAGUGCGCAUCAAUGACCGCCAUUGUCCUGGCAUCGAAGGCGAAGAUUUCAUCUCCUUCCAGAUCAAUAAUACCAAGGGCAACUGUGGAAACAUAGUGCAGUCCAACAGCACCCAUAUCACGUACAAAAACACUGUCUGGAUUGAAAGCGCAAACAACACAGGCAACAUAAUCACCCGGGACCGAACCAUCAAUGUCGAAUUCUCCUGUGCUUAUGAGCUUGACAUCAAAAUUUCUUUGGAUUCUGUGGUGAGGCCCAUGCUCAGUGUCAUUAAUCUGACAGUGCCAACUCAGGAAGGUAGUUUCACAACCAAGAUGGCGCUGUACAAAAACUCGUCCUACAAGCAUCCCUACCGACAAGGAGAAGUGGUGUUAACCACCCGUGAUGUCCUCUAUGUCGGUGUUUUUGUCCUUGGGGCAGAUUCCACACAUCUCAUCUUAAUGCUCAACAAAUGUUAUGCAACACCUUCCAGGGACAGCAAUGACAAGCUCAGAUACUUCAUCAUUGAAGAAGGUUGCCAGAAUAUAAAGGACAACACCAUCGGGAUUGAAGAGAAUGGUGUUUCACUGACCUGCCGCUUUCAUGUCACUGUUUUCAAGUUCAUUGGGGAUUACGAUGAGGUUCAUCUCCACUGUGCCGUUUCGCUCUGUGACUCAGAAAGAUACUCUUGCAAAAUAAAUUGCCCUCAGAACACCCGGAGGGUCAAUGACUACACCAAAGAGCUCAAUGAGCAGAUCAUCUCUGUGGGCCCAAUCAGGAGAAAGCACCUAGACUGGUGUGAAGACAAUGGAGGCUGUGAGCAGAUAUGCACAAGCCAGGUGGAUGGGCCGUUGUGCAGUUGUGUGACGGGGACCUUGCAGGAAGAUGGCAAGAGCUGCAGAGCAAUAAAUUCUUCAACUGGACUUCAAGCCAGGAUGCUUCCGCACAUUGUCGCCCUGCUCUUGUUAUGGUGUAUUCUUUACAAAUCGAGCCCAACCUCAUAAUUAACCCAUGGCUUUCUAUUUAAAGUACUGUAAUUUACUCUAAGCCUUCUAUGUCCCUGUAGCACUCAGCCCUGUACCUGCAACCCGUACUAUUGUAAUCAUUGCCAUCUAUGACAACAGUUUUGUCUGUUGCUGCACUGGAGUUGUUGGCCUAUGUUAAAUGGUCUAAAUAAAGCUCUAAAAAUUUAACAGGGCACCAAGCUCUCCAAAACUGUCAGGGAUGUGAUCAACAU